AUGCUCAAGUUUGCCAACCCUCGAUGUAGGAUAAUGCUGAGGGUAAAAAAGGAAGAAACCAAAAACGCCCUCUGCAAACUCCAUCCCGCGGGCGGGCUGCAGGGCUUGGGAGAUGGAGGAGAGGCGCUAGACUGGUACCCCUCCGCUCCCGCGCCCCUGCGCCGCAGCCUCCGGACUGUAGGGGCCGCUGCGGCGCCGAGCUUGCCGAGCGCGCUGGGCCGCUCUCUCCUGCAGGGGGAGACGAGGCGCAGGAGGAGAGGCGGAGCGCAACGGGCGAGGAGAGGAGGUGACCUCGCGGCAGAUAUUGGGGCAGAUAUUCUGAAUAAGGAAGAGCAGUUGCAAGAAGCUGUACUCAAAGAACGUAUUGCAAAAGCAGAAGCUGACGUAUGGGCUAAGGCUGAUGAACGCCAAAGAGAAGCAGUGAAGAAAGCCCUUGAAGAAGCAAAUGACAUGCACAAAAUGAAAAUCCAGAUUCUGAAAGAGGAACAUCAAAAAGAUUUACAGGAAAUGGCAUCUAAGACCAAGAUCGAGUUGCAUCAAAACAUGGAGGAAGAACUGCAGCGAGAACACCUGGCUGCUGAGCAACGCAUGGUCCACAGGAUCCAGAGGAUCAUGAUGGAGUGCCACCGGGAGAAGGUCCAGGCCGUGGAGGAAGCCCGGGCCCAGGAGAGGCACGUAGCCCAGGAGGAGAUCCAGGCCCAGAGAAGAAAGACCAUGGAGGAACUUUUGAGAGCUGGUGUCACAGUUAUGAAGGAUCAAAAGAAGAGUGUGAGCCAUCUGAUAAAGGAAAAAGAACAUGCAAUGAACGUCUACUAUUGCGUGGCUCAGAGACAGAAGCAAGAAGAGGUUCAGGAAGUGCUUCAAGAAGCAGAGAAAACACAUCAGGCCACGCUUGGAAAUGUGAUGGACAAACUGCUUAACACGCAGGGGGAGCUGCUGUCCAUGGCGAAGCAACUGGGAAUCAUGACAAAUUGGAAAGAUUUCCUGGAGGAGGAGUUACAGGAAACCAGGGUAGCGUUUCAAAACUACAUCAAUUAUACGUUUCCGAAGCUCUCACCGGGACAUGCAGAUUUUAUUCUGCCAGAAAGAAAGAAAACACCUUCCAGUCUUCUUACCCAGGAGAACCAAGCAACUCUUGAUUAGAAGUCUUCAUCUG